AUGGCAUAUAUUUCUGAAACUGAGCUGAAAUUUUUGCGUCUGUUAGAAAGAACGAAACGACUGACAAAAGAGGACCUAUCGGCGAAUGUUUGGAAGGUGUCCGCAGCGACGAAAAUCCUGAACAACUUGAUAUAUGUGCUGCAAAAUGACGUUAAAACUAACGAUAUUCUGCACGAAUAUCGACAAGAGGUGCUGCAGCUGAAGCUGUUGGCUGAAGCGGAGAGUAAAUCAUCCACCGAGGAGAGGCUGAAAGUGAUCGAAAAAAUUCCACGUGUCUUCGCAGAUGUUCCAGUUGAUGUAGAGGAUACUGAUAGUGCAAAACCGUUCGAAAAAGAGUCGGCAGCCGGGCUCCGUGCUAUCCAACGCUCAAUUUAUCGAUCGGAUCUUCGGAAGCAGCUUCUAACGUCGAAUAAGCAGAAAAAUAAUGCCGACGAAAUAUUCAUAAAAAACGAGCGACUCGAGGAGGAUCUCGCCAAUGAUUUACUCUCAAUGACGAGAUCUCUGAAAACGGUGAUGUCGGCUGCUGGAGAGGUUAUUAAGGAUGAUAAUCAGAAAUUGACAAAGAUGCAGAAACAAGUCGAGGAUAAUACGAAAGCGUUAGAGAUCGAAUCCGCUCGUGCCGCCCAUCACGCCUACAAAUGUGGACUGGAUUGUAUGCGAGUCUUCUUGUUUAUGUUUCUCCUCAUGAGUUUCGUCUCGAUGGUCGUCGUUAUGAAGAUUUUUCCGAAACGGGCCACUUAUUAA